CGGGAUCAUCAGGCAAUUUUUGAGGAAGUGAUCGGAGAUUUGCAACCAGGCACUGAAUAUCGAGUGAGCGUAGCAGCUUACAGCCAGACUGGCAAAGGACGGCUCAGCUCGUCUCAGCAUGUCACCACCUUGGCCCAAGAUGCCUGCCUGCCUCCAGCAGCGCCCCAGCAGCCACAUGUGGUUGUAGUUUCUGAUUCCGAAGUGGCUGUGUCGUGGAGACCUGGAGAGAGUGCAGGGAGCUCCCCAGUUCAGUACUAUUCUGUGGAGUUCAUCCGGCCAGACAUCGACAAGCGUUGGACCUUAAUCCAAGAGCGAAUCCAGAUGGAGUCCAUGGUCAUCAAGGACCUCGAUCCAGAUACCAGCUAUCAGUUUGCAGUGCGAGCCAUGAAUUCUCAUGGCCCCAGCCCCCGCAGCCUGCCCAGCGACACUGUCCGGACCACCCGCACCGAGCAAGCGGGCAGUGGCCACUACGGACCCCGUUAUAUCACGGACAUGGGAAUCAGCGAUGACGAUGAAGACGAAUUCGAAGAUGACUUAGAUUUGGAUAUUUCCUUCGAAGAGGUUAAACCACUUCCUGCUACCAAGGGAGGGAACAAGAAACUCGCGGUGGAAAAGCAGAAUGCACCUCUUGCUAAUCCCAAGGCCGUUCCUAGGCUUGUCCCUCCUACCUCCGCCUCUCUCCCCACACCCACUGGGGCCCCCAGACCCACUCCGGUAGGGAAGAAGAGGAAGGACAGCGUGGCCGUGAUGUCCAGGCUGUUUGACAUGUCUUGUGAUGACGUCCUAUGCUCCAGCAACAGUUUCUGCGUUAAUGACUACACCUGGGGGGGCGCACGAUGCCACUGCCACCUGGGUAAAGGUGGGGAGAGCUGCUCUGAAGAUAUUGCUAUACAGUACCCUCAGUUUUUUGGCCACUCCUAUGUCACGUUCGAGCCCCUGAAGAAUUCCUAUCAGGCAUUUCAAAUUACUCUUGAAUUUAGGGCAGAGGCGGAGGACGGCUUGCUGCUCUACUGCGGGGAGAAUGAACACGGAAGGGGUGAUUUCAUGUCCCUGGCUAUCAUCCGACGUUCCCUCCAAUUCAGGUUUAAUUGUGGAACUGGGGUCGCCAUCAUUGUAAGUGAGGCCCAAAUCAAGCUGGGGGCUUGGCACACAGUCACACUAUACAGGGAUGGGCUGAAUGGGCUGCUGCAGCUGAACAAUGGCACCCCUUUGACAGGCCAGUCCCAGGGACAGUACAGCAAGAUCACCUUCCGGACGCCUCUGUAUGUGGGUGGAGCUCCCAGCGCAUACUGGCUGGUCCGAGCAACAGGGACCAACCAGGGCUUCCAAGGCUGUGUGCAGUCACUCUCUGUGAACGGCAAGAGAAUCGACAUGAGGCCCUGGCCACUGGGCAGAGCACUCAAUGGUGCUGAUGUGGGGGAAUGCAGCAGCGGAAUCUGCGAUGAGGCAUCCUGUAUCAACGGUGGCACCUGCACAGCGGUCAAGGCCGACUCCUACAUCUGCCUCUGUCCCCUGGGCUUCAAAGGGCGACACUGUGAAGACGCCUUCACCUUGACCAUCCCACAGUUCCGAGCCUCUCUAAGGUCCUUUGCUGCCACGCCCUGGCCCCUGGAGCCCCAGCACUACCUUUCCUUCAUGGAGUUGGAAAUCACAUUCCGGCCGGACUCAGGGGAUGGCGUCCUCCUGUACAGCUACGACACAGGCAGCAAAGACUUCCUGUCCAUCAACAUGGCAGGGGGCCAUGUGGAGUUCCGCUUCGACUGUGGCUCUGGGACUGGUGUUCUCAGGAGUGAAGACACCCUCACCCUUGGCCAUUGGCAUGAGCUACACGUGUCUCGCACAGCGAAGAAUGGUAUCUUACGGGUGGAUAAGCAGAAGGUAGUGGAGGGAAUGGCAGAGGGAGGCUUUACCCAGAUUAAGUGCAACACGGACAUUUUUAUUGGUGGAGUCCCCAAUUACGAUGACGUGAAGAAGAACUCGGGCAUCCUCAAGCCAUUUACUGGAAGCAUCCAAAAGAUCGUCCUGAAUGACCGCACCAUCCACGUGAGGCAUGACUUCACAUCUGGCGUGAACGUGGAGAAUGCUGCCCACCCUUGCGUGGGGGCACCUUGCACCCACGGGGGCAGCUGCCGGCCCCGGAAGGAGGGCUACGAGUGUGACUGCCCCUUGGGCUUUGAGGGGCUGCACUGCCAGAAAGCAAUCAUAGAAGCCAUUGAGAUCCCGCAGUUCAUGGGCCGCAGUUACCUGAUGUAUGAUAACCCAGAUAUCCUCAAGAGGGUAUCGGGAUCAAGAUCCAAUGCAUUCAUGAGGUUUAAGACAACUGCCAAGGAUGGCCUGUUGAUGUGGAGGGGAGACAGUCCCAUCAGGCCCAACAGUGACUUCAUCUCUCUGGGCCUUCGGGAUGGAGCGCUGGUGUUCAGCUACAACCUGGGCAGUGGCGUGGCAUCCAUCAUGGUAAAUGGCUCCUUCCACGACGGCCGGUGGCACCGAGUCAAGGCUGUCAGGGACGGACAAUCAGGAAAGAUAACCGUGGAUGACUAUGGAGCCAGAACAGGGAAAUCACCAGGCAUGAUGAGACAGCUCAACAUCAAUGGAGCUCUAUAUGUGGGUGGAAUCAAAGAAGUUGCUCUGCACACCAACAGGCAGUACAUGAAAGGCCUCGUGGGCUGCAUCUCUCAUUUGACUCUCUCCACUGAUUACCACAUUUCCCUCGUGGAAGACGCUGUGGAUGGGAAAAACAUCAACACUUGCGGAGCCAAGUAACAUCAGCUGGCCUUGCUCAAGGGCCAGAACCUCUAAUCUGAUGAUCCCAGGGACCCUAAGAAAGGACACCCUGAUGAGAAACUGAGAACCAGGACAGGAGUCCCAGGGGGACCUUUCCUGCUGACACCCCGAGGGCCCAACUCAAUGGAACACUCUGUGUAGGAAGCAUCCGACUUUGCCCAUUGAACGU